UUCCAUCCAGAGACUGUAUCCAAAAGGACUACUAACAAAGCAUUUCAAGAUUGCUCUUGAAUGUGGGCAGAAUGGGCCUUGAAGAAAGAAGAAGAAGAAGAGAAAUGGAUGCUGAAGCCAUUAACGAUAAUGCCUUGGCGUUAAUGGUGGCAUUAGAAAGACCAAGAUGCUACAGUGUUGCCUCCUUUACCACAGAAGAGGUAAAAUACAAGAUUGCCGUAGAGAAGGAUGUCAUAACAGGCUGUUCUUGUGCUGAUUUUCAAUGGAACCAAACAUCUUGCAAGCACAUGCAUCUCUUGAAACGGGUCGAGCCUACCAUUAUUAUCUACCCUAAUAUGCAAAAUCGUCAGGAAUGCAUUCGAUAGUAAUACUCGGAUUAUGCUUACAAUUAUUCUUAUUAGUAGUUCCUUCUCAUAUACCUCAAAGGGUUCAAAUUGCUGCUGAACAACCCUAUAAAGCUAGUUUUUUAACCACUUCUGGUUUAGGCU